CCCAACAUUGUGCUGCCGGUUAUUCAAAAAUUCUGCUAAAUUCGAUUGUUUUAUUUUGAAAAUGCGAAUAAAUCACAAAAUGAUGUUAAACAUAAGUAAAUCGAUACUAUCGGCCAUCAAUUUACAGCGACAAUCGAGAUUAUUUUCUGUCGCAUCAAGGCUUCAAAGUUCUAGCAAACUAUUCUCCGAGGAACAGCAGCGUCAAAGAGAAAAGGUUGGUCGUAUUGAGAAGAUCGAAAUCCGGUAUCUCGGAACACCCAAAGACACAACGCUCAUCAUGAACCGAGGAAUGUCCACUCCGUUGGAUUGUGCAAGGCAUAUUGGCGAGAAAUAUUGUCGAUAUUCCGCCCUGGCCCUUCUCGACAAUAAUGUACCGUGGGAUAUGCGGAGAUCCUUAGAAGAUUCCUGUACGCUACAGUUGCUAAACUUUACCUCGCCGGAGGCCCAUCUGGUCAACAAAGCCUUUUGGAGAACGUGUUCGUUCCUUCUAGGUGCGGUUCUGCAGAAAAGUUUCAAAGAUGAAGCUGGUUUGUUCCUGCACAGUUUUCCGAAACCAAACAUUAAAACUGGUAGCUUCGUGCAUGACAUUGCUCUAUCUAAGGAUGGUUGGAAUCCUUCGAUCCAAGAGCUCCGAGCUCUGUCAAUUGAGAUGAUUAAACUAUCCCAGCAGGAUCUGCCCAUCGAGCGUCUGGAGGUUAACAGUGAAGUGGCUCAGGAAAUGUUCAGCGAUAAUCCCUACAAGCGUGAGCAAAUUCCUAGCAUUUCGGGCCAAAAUAACGGCUUGAUAACGGUUUAUCGAGUAGGAGAACACGUAGAUAUAAGCAAAGGACCUAUGGUUAGCUCUACUGGCUUGGUUGGGAAAUGCACGAUUCCCGCCAUUCAUGUAGUACCGCGAGCCAGGACGGAUAAGCUUUCACUCUACCGGGUUCAAGGAGUUGCGCUUCCUCUUGGUUUAAACUUGAAUCAUUUUGCCUACAGUAUCUUGGAAGAACGUGCCAAGAAGUUGAACCCAGCAAAGCUACCAAAUGAGCCGUAUGAGGAAAUUGUGUCCGCACAGGUGGCAUAAAAAGAGUCGUGUAAUUAGUUUUUU